AUGAAAGACUUCGUCGUGGCGAUCGACCUCGGGACGUCAUGUACCGCCUUCAGCUGGAAGUCCAUUGUGGACCCAGCGGGGCCUUCGAUCGGAGUGCCCGACAUGAAGCCAAACGAGGACAUCAUCGGGAAGAGCCCGACCACGCUCCUCAUCGCGGGCAGCACGGGGUCCGACAAGAUGUUCAGGCCCACCGGCGCCGAGGCGUACGGCCGAGAAGCGCAGCACCGCUACGCCAACGGCGACAUCCCUCACGGGGCGCAACUGUUCAAGCGGUUCAAAAUGAUCUACGACGACCUGGUCGACGCCGUCACGAAGAGCACGAGCAGGAAGGCAGAGAUGAUGCUGAUGGACAUAUUCGUCAUCGCUUUGGAGUACAUCAAGAGUGUUGCCCUCAUGGGCAUGACACUGACCCACGCGGUCUCCGCCGAGGACGUGACGUGGGUGUUGACCGUGCCCGUCUGCUGCAGCGAGCCGGCCAAGCACUUCAUGAGGGAGGCCGCGACGAAGGCCGGCUUCAUCAAGGGCGGAAACGACGACGAGGGCCUCGUUCUGUGCAUGGAGCCAAUCGCCGCCUGCCUAGCCCUUGGAAACAGGCUGCAAUGGAGGAUGAGGGACAAGUACCUGGUUAUCGACUGCGGCGGCGGCACGGUGGACAUUUCCGCGUUCGAGGUGAUCAGCAGCGCACCGCCGAGCCUCGAGCAGCUCGGAGAGGCGAGCGGCGGGCCGUGGGGGUCCACGAACGUGGACAGGCUGUUCGAGGCUUACCUGAAGGAUUUCGUGCUAUCCGUUGCUCAAGAAGCCGGGGAGAGGAGCCUGGAAAGCUUCUUCGCCAGCUCGGCCUCGUACCGGAUUAACCAGGCUUGGGAAAGAGCGAAGAUCGGCUUGCGAAGCGUUGACCACGACUGCCGGAUCGACCUGAGCGAGCUGAGCCGUGAGCCGUUGGAGGUGACGACGGAAGAAAUGGACGAAGGCCGGAGACUCAAGAACAGAGGGGGCACGGAGUUCGUCGGCGGCCAUGGGACGUUUGACCUCGUCUUGCGACCAGCCUUGCUCCGCAAGUUCUUCAAGGAGCAAUGCAAGAAUAUCUCUGGGGCCGUGUCAGAGCAGCUCGAGAGGCCACACCUGCAGGGCCUCUCGGCCGUGGUCAUGGUGGGCGGGUUUUCGGGCAGCAUGCACGUCCAGGAGGCCGUCAGGGCGUGCGUGGCUCGAAAGUACCCCGACGGAAGCGUCGAGGUUUCGAUUCCUAAGUCUCCGGACCUGGCGAUUGUUGAAGGCGCGGCCCACUUCGUUUCGGCUCCCCCCGCCUCCGGCGCCGUCGGCCCCGGGGGGCAGCAGCUCCCGGCCGCGCCCCGGUUCGCCGCGGUGACCUCGGCGAACUCGUACGGGAUCGUGGUCUCUGAGACCGGGGGGGGGGUCGUACCCGCAUUCUUCGACCCCUUCUUCCUCAAGGGCCAAGGCUACGAGAUGAACCACAUGGUGACGAAGAACUACACAAUCCAGAGCGACAUCCCGUUCACGUUGUCGGUCAGCUCUUGCGCUAGCCCACACGUACAUCCGGGCUGCAACCGGUUGACGGACAUCGGCGGCCUGAAGUCGCUGCAGAGCCAGGAGUUCUCGGUGCCGCCACCGCCUCCAGUAGCAGAGGUCGGUUGCUGUGGCAUGAUGAAACCCAAAGCUCGGACAGAGCUAAACAAGAUCGAGAUCACCGUGGAGUUUUCCUUGAUCGGGAUCGAGCUUCAUGUCCGCGUGAGAUCAAAUACUGGCCAGGUGAUGCUGCAGCAAGCGGUACCCUUCCUUCGCCACGAGGGCGCCCCCCCUGCUUACGGGAGCCUUUAGCCUUCAGUUGGGUGUCUUGCCCAAAGCGGGGAAUCCGUCGGGCUGAGACGCGCAACCAACCAUCAAGGCUGUGCUGCCUUUAUGAAGCUCGCAGCUGGUAUCGCUAGGUCACGUUUCGCGUCUCAUUUUUUACCUCCCCCCCUGUAUGGAGUUGCCCGAAUAAGUUUGAAUUGGCAGGUUGCCGUGGUUGGUCUUGUUGAAAGUGACACAUGUGGCGACGAGCAAACCUGCUAGGAUAUUUUGAGAUUGCAACGCAGGGUUACCCAAGGUUGGAUGUUGUCAUAUUUGGUUUCUGUCGACGCCGUGAAGAAACCAGCUGUAGUAAUAGCUCCCCGAGAUAGAGAUGUCCGUCCACAGAACUUUUGGGUGCUGUCCAGAUAUCGGGGGUACCUUUCGCUGGGUGUCGCUAGUCGCUUCCGCUUGUUCGUUUUUCGUCGGGUACACGUUAGGAAAACGCGCGCGGAUAUCGGUUUCUGAUGUGGGGUGUCGAGUUUCGUGCAGCAGUGGUUGUCUAAGCGAUUCGUUUGCAUAAGGGACCAGCGUCCUUUGGUGGGUGCCCGAAUGAGUGCGAAUGAUCCGAGUGCAAGCUUUUUUUGUUGAGGGCAAACCAACGCUCAUGUAGUAUGUUCAAAUUUGUGAACCUUUCUUUUGCGCUUGUUGUACUAUACAAGCCGGGCAUUUUGUUAUACAACCAUGCCUUUGACAAACGUUAGAUAAGGGUGUUUCUGGCGACGAGAAAUGUCCAUUUAUUUUCCGGAGCAAGUUUUUUUUUCCUUUUUUCUCAACGACGGCGUGCCUAGCGGCGGAAAAAUACACUGCCAUUUUGCGUUGUUCUGGGCCAAAGAAACUUGAGGAGCAUUAGAGUGAAUUUUCUGAGGCGGCGUGAAAACGUCCGUCGAAUGACCUACAGCAGUCAUUACCCGUUGGGGGGGGUUGCGUAGACCCCAGUUUCUUUCACCUGAUUGUCUUGUAUUGUGUAUCAGUUCCGGUCCGCUGGUUUUAUAUCAAUUGGGGAGGGUUGUGUAGACCCCAGUUUCUUUCACCUG